AUGUCUUCUCAUACUACUUCUCUUAACAUCAUGGUCUUAGACUCUUCUUUAUGGCAGAAGGCUAAAGAAAUUCUUACGAAAGAAUCGAAUGUUCAAGAGGUACGUUGCCCCGUCACUGUCUGUGGAGAUGUCCACGGUCAAUUCCACGACCUUAUGGAACUCUUUAGAAUUGGUGGGAAAUCACCAGACACAAAUUACCUGUUCAUGGGAGACUACGUAGACAGAGGCUAUUAUUCGGUGGAAACGGUGACUCUUCUAGUAGCAUUGAAGGUGCGUUACCCGGAACGCAUUACAAUACUGAGGGGCAAUCACGAAAGCAGGCAAAUUACACAAGUGUAUGGCUUUUAUGAUGAGUGUCUGCGCAAGUACGGCAACGCCAACGUCUGGAAGUAUUUCACAGAUCUGUUCGAUUAUCUUCCGCUUACAGCUCUAGUAGAUGGCCAGAUAUUCUGUCUCCACGGUGGCCUCUCUCCAUCCAUAGAUACACUGGAUCAUAUCAGAGCUCUCGACCGCCUGCAGGAGGUUCCACACGAGGGUCCUAUGUGUGAUCUGUUAUGGUCGGAUCCGGAUGAUCGCGGCGGCUGGGGUAUAUCUCCGCGUGGUGCUGGCUACACGUUCGGGCAGGAUAUUUCCGAAACAUUUAACCACGCCAAUGGUCUCACACUGGUCUCCCGUGCUCACCAACUCGUCAUGGAGGGUUACAAUUGGUGCCACGACCGAAAUGUGGUUACCAUUUUCAGCGCGCCCAAUUACUGUUACCGUUGUGGGAACCAGGCUGCUAUCAUGGAACUAGACGACACUUUAAAAUAUUCCUUCCUCCAGUUUGACCCAGCACCUCGUCGUGGAGAGCCUCAUGUUACCCGUCGUACCCCAGACUACUUCCUAUAAACCUCUCCUAACCUUUGUAGAAGGAAGUACACCUGGCAUUUUAAAAAAAAGAGCAACAAUAUUUACACGUUUCUGUAAGAAAUCAGGGUUCGUCUCAACUUCAAAUCCCCAUCAUGGACCAAAAUGUGCCAUACAGAGGACGAAGAGCGUUUAGCACAACUUGAGACUGAAUUCCUUAAAACACUAUGUAUAUCCUAGACCCAUCAGUCCAACAGUCAGUUUGCCUGCUGUAUUUGUAGUCAUUGGGUUUGCGUUUUGGUUUUGUUUUUUUUUCCUCCUUCUGGACUGUUCAGAGAAGUAACUCUAAUAAUACCACCUCCAUCUCGCUUCUUUGUAAAUUUUUUAGUUCUAGUGUUUAACUGGCGUGAAUUAGAGUUUAUUUGCGAGGGAGAUGCACACUAACUUCUUCCCCCUCCACACACACUUUAUUUUACUGAAACAUCGAUUGACUUAACUGGAGAAAG